AUGAGCGACGAGGCCAGAGCAUCGGUGGACGACGACCUUCGUCGGGUAUCGAGCAGGCUACCAGCGGCCUUUGUUGGAUAUCGCCUGUUCCCUCCAGUCCUCAACCUCUACGGCAAUCCCUCUGGUAUCCUCGACGCACUGAAUACGUUCAAGCUUUGCGGUGCGGCUAAGAACGAUCUCCUAUAUCUCGUCGAUGUACAUCAUGGCUUCACCCCUAGAGGACCGCUUCAUUUCAGACCCGGCUUGUACCUACGUAACGGAACGAGCACCGACGCCCCUAUCCUGGCGGCCGCGGGCGACGAAGCUCGAGAACCCCUUCUUAUAGCGACCUUCAGCGUUAAGAGUUACAUCAUGCUGCUGCCGCUGGACCUUGAAGCGAACCCUUGCGACCUGAUCACCGAGAUCAUGUAUGCUAUAAAGACCAGCGACGGUGCCGUUUCGUUUCGCUUUACCAUCGAGGUUGGCCCUAAGAUGAAAUGCCGUGAGCAAUUUGAGUGGAGGAAGUCCGCUUCGCCUUCACUUAUUCCUCCGGCACAAGAGGAAACCGAAAUACUCGCCGAGCUUCUGUUUCGCAAUGUGAUGUCCUUGAACCACUUGUUCUCACUGGAGCUAAAGGGGGCCGGUAGUUCGGGGGAGAUGGGUGACCGCUGGGCUCUUAUGGUUGUCGUUACUGCGCUUAGGCUUUAUUGGCUGUGUACCUAUGGCAAGACUAACAAGCUUGUCGUUGGAAUUGGGCAGAAACUUCGAGGUAUAUAGUUUUGUCCUUUGGACUAUUAAUAGUAAGCCCUGAUAGCAGCUUAACAACCAGAGUAUAGCUUGCUUGGUUCUGGCAAUCUAUUAAGACCUUGGACGAGGGAGAUAUAGUUAUAUUGACGACGGUAGAGGGCUUCUCGAUUUAGGAUGUUGCCAUGUUUUGCAGAUACGGGGAUAUGAUUUACUCCGUUGUUUAAGUCAGAACUACUAACCCAACAUUUUGUUUAUACGCUUGUUGAACACCCCAUGGAACUAUUUCACUGCACAUGCAAACGCAC